GCCCUCUUUGACCACAAUCGAUCGGGACAUCGCGAACGGGAAUAUUCGUCGGAAUCAAAAGACCGUUCGUUGCAUCAUUAUAGAUGAGAUCUGUUGAAAUAUAUCGUCGAGCAACUGCGUUUCAAAGCGGAUAUACCAUUAUCACCAUCGCAAUCCGCCAGGACACAAUCACUCGAAAUCAAAAAGCAGCAAGUGUAGUCAUAUUGGCAUUCUUACCUGCUCUCCUAUCGACCACCUUAGCUAACACCGAACCUCUAAGUUUCGCCGAUGCAGUCCCGGCAUAUCCCUGUUCCGCACAAGAGCUCUGGCUUUCAACAUCGCGUCUCAGAAGAUCCUGCUGCUCUCACUGAUCUCCCAGCCGGCCUGAAGUCCCUAGUUACAGUUGGACACCUCUCAAAGUUCAUCUAGGACCAAGACCAUCUGACCUUCGUUAUGCGUAGAUGACUCA